GGUAAAAAGAACAUCAAAUUAACAACAAAGCCUAGCAAGCAAAUACGGCAUCAAUGGAGUUGAAGCAAAUAUCUGUUGAAGGAGUAUCAGAAGAAUAUGAGCCGGUAACCCCAACUGGGCAGUUUUUCAACAGUUCAGUUCUCUCUGUCUGCAUUCUUGCUGCUUUGGAAAUCGAGAUUCCAAUCGAUGACUCACCAACCAUUACUCUGAUUAAGGACAUGUUCCUCCCCAUAAACCCACGCUUCUCCUCCAUCAUGGUUAGAGACGAUAAUGGAGUAAAGCAAUGGAAGAGGGUUGAAGUUAAACCUGAAGACCAUGUGCGUAUCCCUGCUUUCCCUGAUGGGUUGUCGCCGGAGACUUACGACGGAUACUUACAAGACUACUUGGAGAAGAUAGCAAUGGAACGACUUCCACAGACCCGGCCGCUGUGGGAGAUCCACUUGAUCAAGUACCCAACAAGAAAUGCAGCCGGGACUCUUGUGUUCAAGCUUCACCAUGCACUGGGCGAUGGUUUCUCACUCAUGGGUGCAUUGUUUUCUUGCCUGAAAAGGGCUGAUGAUCCUUCUCUUCCCUUAACUUUUCCUUCAUCCCGAUUCAAAAAGGGUAGCCACAGCAUUUUAAAGAAAGUACCCAGACUCUUCUCCAUUUUCUUCAACACUAUCUCAGAUUUCAGUUGGAGCCUUCUAAAGAGCAGUUUGGUGGAAGAUGAUCGGACGACGAUCAGGUCGGGGGAGAUUGGGGUGGAGUUCCGGCCUGUCACUAUAUCUACUGUCACAUUGUCCCUUGAUCGGAUCAGUCAAAUCAAAGCCAAUAUUGGAGGGACAAUAAAUGAUGUGAUUAGUGGGAUAGUAUUCUAUGGCACUAGGCUAUACAUGCAUGCUUCAAGCCCAGGUUCUAGUAAGUUACAAUCCACAGCGUUGGUGUUGCUCAACACCAGGAUAAUCAACAAUUAUCAGUCAAUACAGGAGAUGACCAAACCUGGUGCAAAGUCCCCUUGGGGGAACCAAUUCGGCUUCUUACAUGUAUCAGUUCCCGAGUCCAUUGAUGCCGAUACUGCAAAUCCCCUCGACUUUGUCUUCAAAGCAAAGAAGACAAUCAAGAGAAAGAGAAGUUCAUUGGCUGUUUAUCUCACUGGCAAACUACUAGAGAUGAUGAGGAAAUUUAGAGGCCCUGAGAUAACUGCUCGAUAUAUUUAUAGUACACUGAAGAAUUCAAGCAUGACAGUCUCAAAUUUGAUUGGGCCGACUGAGAAGAUGGCUUUGGCAGAUCAUCCAUCUUGCGGCAUAUACUUCAUGGUGGUAGGAGUACCUCAGAGUCUUACCAUAACAGUAAUGAGUUACAUGGGGAAGCUAAGGGUAGCAGUUGGAGUAGAAAAAGGCUUCAUAGAUAGUCAAAAGUUCAAUUUGUGCAUAGAGAAUGCUUUUGAGAGGAUAUACAAGGCUGCUGGUUGCGGUCCUUAGCACUUCAAUUCAAGGGAGCCUCAUUCACUCAAUAACCGAAGAAGUUUGGGUUUCAAUUAUAUUAUGAGAUUUAUAUAUAUUUCCUUUUCCUUCAAUGACCAAGGGAUUGUUUGCAAUAAAUGUUUUUUUUUUUUUUGCUAAUAUGGUAGUUGUAUACAGUUUCUUCCUUGAGAAAGGCUUAUUUGGGUA